GAUUUGUCUAGGUCAGCUCUUCAACCGCAAAAACAAAAACAAUACCAUCCCUUCCCUUUUUUUUCCUUUCAUUUCCAUUUCUCUAAUUUUCAACCCAAUUACAAAUACAAUUCCUCUUCUACAUUUCAAAUUAGGGUUUACAAUUACACGAAUCUCUCCGUUUUAGGGUUUCCGGAGGAUUGCGGUGGUGAUGAGCGGUAACUAUAAUCUUGAUUUCGAAUUGAAUCAAUUCGAAGGCAUUGUUGUUAUUUGAAGAAGAUAGUGAGAGAAUAGUGAGGUCUAGUCGCACGAGUUUUGAGGGAAGAGGAUAAAGAUCGAGCGGCGGUUGGAAAUGAGCGCCUCUCGGUUCAUCAAGUGCGUCACCGUCGGCGAUGGUGCCGUCGGUAAAACCUGCAUGCUUAUUUCUUACACCAGCAACACUUUUCCUACGGACUAUGUGCCAACUGUUUUUGACAACUUCAGUGCAAAUGUAGUUGUGGAUGGGAGCACUGUCAAUUUAGGACUAUGGGAUACAGCUGGCCAGGAAGAUUACAAUAGGUUACGGCCUUUGAGUUAUCGAGGGGCUGAUGUGUUUAUUCUCGCCUUCUCUCUAAUCAGCAAGGCCAGCUAUGAAAAUGUCGCCAAAAAGUGGAUACCUGAACUGAGGCAUUAUGCACCUGGAGUUCCAAUCAUUCUUGUUGGAACAAAACUAGAUCUUCGGGAGGAUAAGCAGUUUUUCAUUGAUCAUCCUGGUGCACUACCUAUUACUACUGCUCAGGGAGAGGAACUGAGAAAACUUAUCGGAGCUCCUGCCUACAUCGAAUGCAGCUCAAAAACGCAGCAGAAUGUGAAGGGAGUUUUUGAUGCGGCCAUCAAAGUGGUCCUCCAGCCACCAAAGCAAAAGAAGAAGAAGAAAAAGGGACAAAAAGGUUGCUCAAUAUUGUGAUGAUCUAGGCCUAGGUUCGACAACGAGAAGCUUCCCUUUCAGCCACUCACUCACUGCAGUCAAUUAUCGCGUUGUUUCCUUUUAAUUUUAUGCCCUCGUGAAGAAGCAGGACCACCUUGUUGUAUAGUCUUGACUGACAUUUUAGGAAGUUUCUUUGGAAGCAUCAGAUUGUUUGUUUCUUAAUCUCAUGAUCUGUAAUUGUACUGUAUUUUCUUGUCGAAUAUCAACAUUUGUAUCUGUAUUCUUGUGUCUAAAUUUGUUUCAUGUAUUAACCGUAUUUGUUGUAGUUCCCUACUUUUAGAGAACUGUUAUUGGUCCAA